AGUUUGAACAUAAUUUUAUUGAGAUGCCUACAUAUUUGAACCCCUCUUUUUCGACCCUUAAAGUAAACAUGAAUCCUUUCUUCAUCAUUUGGAUGGUUCUUUUUGCCUCCUAUUGCAGUAGUCAAGAUGAACUUUCAAAAACCAUAGUAAAUACUGAUUCUGAACACACAAUUCGAUGCGAUACGUAUUUGUAUAAGCCAACUCACGAAAUAGCUUACACUUGGUCUAUUCAUAAUUUCAGCCAGUACGAAGCGAAAACCACAAGUCAGAUUUUUUCACCCAAAUUACAAUCACCCACUGACGAUGAAUUUGUAUGGGAUAUUAAAAUAAUACCCAAUGGUAUUGAUGGGGAAAAUCAGACGUUCUCUCUGUAUGUAUUCCUAUGCGAUACUCGUGAACUGAUCGCAGAUAUCAACGUAUCGAUUAUAAAUCAUAAAAAUGAAACCUUACAUUCUGUGAAAACAACACGCAGAAAAAUCGGAGGGUCGUAUGGCCCUAUGGCCUGGACAAACUUUUGCAAGAAAGAUGAUUCAUUCAGAAAUCAAAUGCUGCAAAACGACACGUUAACAUUGUCGAUAAAUAUCCGAAGGCAUCCCGAAUCUCCUUAUGUCACUGUUCAUAACAUUUCUCGUCAAAAUAAAACUCGUAAUUCUUCCAGUCCUAUACCCGAAACUACCAUUAUCAGAUGCAAUCUAUUGGAAAACCUCGAAUGGAUACUUGAAAAUCCGAAAUUCGUCGACACGGUAUUCUCGACGAAUGACAGCCAUUAUCAAUGCGAUGGUACACCCAUACUACAAGUACACGAAAUUAAAUAUAUCUGGGCUAUUCAUAAUUUCAGCAUUCACGAGAGGUUGGGCUAUAGAGAGAUUCUUUCGCCCAAUUUACAAGCACCGACAACCGAUAAAUAUACAUGGUACGUUACACUUACACCUAAUGACCGUCAAGCUUUAUAUGGUAGAGAUGGCCAUAUUGGUCUAGGUGUAUACCUAUCCAAAAAGAGUAACGCUACAGAAACUUUGGCACAGUACGACGUUUCAAUAAUUAAUCAUGAAAAACAAGUACUACGUAACGAAAAAUCCCAAGGUUUAAAGCUACUAGCAGGGCAUGGUAAAUACUGGCAGUACUUUUGCAGUAAAACUCCUCCCUCGUUCGCAAAUGAACGCCUGAAUAACGAUACGCUAACUCUGUACAUCCACAUUAAAUGGAUUUCAGAACCUUGCAACGUGCAGAACGUUUCCCAUCAAUGUGACAUUUCUUCGCCUGCAGCAACACCCGAGCUUUCUCUUACCCAAAGCUGUAAUCUUCCUCAAAUCUUGGAAUCGAUGCUGGAAAAUCCGAAAUUCGCCGACGUCGUAUUUACAACGAAUGGAAGCAGUUAUCCAGCCCAUCAAUCUGUUUUAGCCGCUCGAAGCCCGGUUUUCGCUGCCAUGUUCCAAGAAAAAUAUACAAAACACGGAAACAAAACUGCGAGAAUUCGAAUAAACUUUGCACCCAUGGGCGAGGAAGUGCUACGCGCUAUGCUACGAUAUAUUUACACCGGGAAGUGUGAAAGUUUGAGCGAACUAGCUGAUCAAUUAUUUAUAACAGCUGUGAAGUAUGGUUUAGAUGGAUUGAGAAAUAUUUGCGAACAAACCCUUUGUAAGACUGUGUCGGCUGCGAAUGCAGUGGCCAUGUUGGAAUUUGCCAAACAGCAACAGGCCGAAGAAUUGAAAUCCAAAGCCAUGGAAUUCAUUGAAAAUGCAUCGGAUCACAAGUCGAAUACCACGAUCCACUAAUUGUAAGUUUAUCAAUAAGCCUAUCAGUAAAUACCUUUGAAAGUCACUAUUUGUAGCAGUCGACAGUCAUUUUGAAUAAAAAAGUCACA